AUGUCUGGUCACGCCGGUGCGGCGCCGCCAUCACCAUCGUCAGACGGCUCGCACAAGGACUCUGCCGGCUCCAGCGCGUUCAAGAGCCAGAGCGGCCACAGCAUCCCUGAUGUGCACGACAUGACUCUCCUGGAGGAGUCCCGUGCCAUGAUUGCCAAGCAGAAAGCGCAGUGGGCUGAGGAGACCGAGGGCUGGACGUGGUACACCUGGCUGAGCUUCUACAUUCCCUUCUUUGGCUGGAUCCGCACCUACCAGUGGAGGAACUGGUACCUUGGCGAGCGACGCGCUCGGCAGCUCGGCACCGGCUGCAUGCAUGCGAGCUGA